UACCAGGUCACCCUGGAGGAGUCGCUGGCCGAAGGUGGGUUCUCCACAGUUUUCCUAGUGCGGACUCAUGGUGGACUCCGCCAUGCGUUGAAGCGAAUGUAUGUCAAUAACGUGACAGACCUCAACAUUUGUAAAAGGGAAAUUACAAUUAUGAAAGAGCUGUCUGGUCACAAAAAUAUCGUGGGUUACUUGGACUGUGCUGUUAAUUCAAUUAGUGAUAAUGUAUGGGAAGUGCUUAUCUUAAUGGAAUAUUGUCGAGCUGGACAGGUUGUGAAUCAGAUGAAUAAGAAGCUGCAGACAGGUUUUACGGAACCAGAAGUGCUACAGAUAUUCUGUGAUACCUGUGAAGCUGUCGCAAGGUUGCAUCAGUGUAAGACUCCAAUAAUUCACCGGGAUCUGAAGGUAGAAAAUAUUUUGUUGAACGAUGAUGGAAACUAUGUACUUUGUGACUUUGGCAGUGCCACAAAUAAAUUUCUUAAUCCUCAAAAAGAUGGAGUUAAUACAGUAGAAGAAGAAAUUAAAAAGUAUACAACUCUGUCAUACAGAGCCCCCGAAAUGAUCAACCUUUAUGGAGGGAAACCUAUCACCACCAAGGCUGAUAUCUGGGCACUAGGAUGUUUACUGUAUAAACUUUGUUUCUUCACUCUUCCUUUUGGUGAGAGUCAGGUUGCCAUCUGUGAUGGCAGCUUCACCAUCCCAGACAAUUCUCGUUACUCCCAUAACAUACAUUGCUUAAUAAGGUUCAUGCUUGAACCAGAUCCAGAGCGUAGGCCUGAUAUAUUUCAAGUGUCCUAUUUUGCAUUUAAAUUUGCCAAAAAGGAUUGUCCUGUCUCCAACAUAAAUAAUUCUUCUAUUCCUUCAACUCUUCCUGAACCGAUGACGGCUAGUGAAGCAGCUUCUAGGAAAAGCCAAAUAAAAGCCAGAAUAACAGAUACCAUUGGACCAACAGAAACCUCAAUUGCACCAAGACAAAGACCAAAGGCCAAUUCCACUACUGCCACUCCCAGUGUGCUGACCAUUCAAAGUUCAGCAACCCCUGUUAAAGUCCCUGCUCCUGGUGAAUUUGGUAACCACAGACCAAAAGGAGCGCUGAGACCUGGCAGCGGCCCUGAGACUUUACUGGGCCAGGCGCCCCCGCAGCAGCCCCCGCAGCAGCAUCGGGUCCUGCAGCAGCUGCAGCAGGGAGACUGGAGGCUGCAGCAGCUUCACGUGCAGCACCGCCGCCCUCACCUGCAGCAGCAGCAGCUUCAGGAUGCGUACGUGCAGCAGUAUCAACAUGCAAUGCAACAGCAGCAGAUACUUCAGCAACAGUUUUUAACGCAUUCGGUGUAUCAGCCACAGCCUUCCGCAUCACAGUAUCCUUCAAUGAUGCAGCAGUAUCAGCAGGCUUUCUUACAGCAGCAAAUGCUAGCCCAACAUCAGCCGUCUCAACAGGCAUCACCGGAAUAUCUUACCUCCCCUCAAGAGUUCCCACCAGCCUUAGUGGCCUACACUUCAUCGCUUCCAGCUCAGGUUGGAACCAUAAUGGACUCCUCUUAUGGUGCCAACAGGUCAGUUGCUGAUAAAGAGGCAGUUGCAAAUAUUACAAAUCAGAAGAACAUCAGUAACCCACCUGAUAUGUCAGGGUGGAAUCCAUUUGGAGAGGAUAACUUCUCCAAGUUAACAGAAGAGGAACUGUUGGACAGAGAAUUUGACCUUCUAAGAUCAAGUAAGGGACACUUGAAGGCUUAUUUUGCUUCGCAGUAAAAUAACAGCUCUAUAAUUAUUCAGCAAGGCCAAAGACUGUUUUGGGGUGGUAAAUAGAAAAUUCUUUUUGUGCAUUUGAGGGCAAAAUUCAGGCCAUCUUCUUUUACAUAUACUAGCGAACUAUGUUGUGUGCAUUAGAAAUCAAUUGCUUGAUAGUAGCUGUUAAACCCAAGAUUGCUGAUAAUAUGCUGAUUCCUAAUACUUAAAUACUGCGUUAUCUUUGAAUGUUAAUUCAGGAUAUCUCCAAAACGUGGAUAACAAUGUUCAAAUAAAAAGGGAGACUUUAGUAUCUUGCCUUACUAAUCAUUUUGCAGCUCUGUUUUCUUGCACACCCAAUAGAAGAUACUGUGGGUCUGAGAUGCCCUUUGAAAGUGCCUGAAAGAAAACAUGGGCUGCUGCAUUAUGUUAAUGUCUUGUAAUGCCCUUUUAACGAGCGGUGACAUAAAAGGGCUGCUUUGUUGUCCGGUAUGGCAAAAGUGAAAUAAAUUGUUUUCCGUUUUAAAUCA